AUCCAAAUUUACUUUGAAAAGUCUGUGUAGGACCAGUUCAUUUUUUCUGACACAAUGAACUGAAAAGGUUUGUCAAUGGAGCAUUAUUAAAAAAAUGUACAUAGAAGCAUUACAUGGCAUGCUGUAGUUUGGCAACAAUCGCUGACUUGUUAACAGGGUCUGAAACUCAUUAUCAAGGUCACAAGAUCUACUGAAAAAGAACCAAAUAGCAAUGUCAACAAGUCAAUCUCUCUUGUUCUCAUCUUGUUCUGCAAUGAUGGGCUUACUUUUUGCUUAUUCUGCAUCAGUUCAGCUAAAUGAUCCUGAUUGGUAUUUUUGGAUUCCACUAUAUGCUAUUGCCUCUAUUGUCAAUCUCCUGCAAAGAAAGUUCAAUCAACUAACAAGGUUUGUUCUCUGGAGUGGGUUACUCCUGUUCAUAAAGGUCAUGAUAGAAGGACAUGUGUAUGGACUUGCUAACCUCUGGUCCAUGGACAUGAGAAAAAGAGUGGUGAGAGAGAAGGUUGGGAGUGGAUUGGUGGUGGCCUCCAUGACUCUCCAUUUGAAAGCUUCUCAAAUUUCAAAGCUGUUUGUCACAUUAGGGAUGGCAGGACUGGUGGCCUUGAGCUAUGGAUUUUCCCUCUAUUUCUUUGUCCUCACUAAAGAUAAUAUGAUGUUUGUUUGAUUAAUUUGGUUGAUUCCCAGAAAUCAAGUUGCAGAAAAAUGAAAAAAAAGAGCAUUAUAUACUGUGUGUAUUUAUUUAUAUUCUUCUUAAAGUCAAAUAAAUACUUCUGCUUGUUGGUGAUGAAUUGUAUGUACUAGCUAGAA